AUGUUCACCCGCACAUCAGACGUGAGGAGACACCAGCUCACACACACAGGCGAGAGGCCCUUCCACUGCUCCAAGUGUGACCGCACCUUCCAGCACUCGUGGGAUCUGGCCAAGCACGAGAGCAAACACCACGGCACUGACAUCUCCUUCUCCUGCCAGCAGUGCGCGAGCUCCUUCGCCAACCUGCGCGCUCUGACAGUCCACCACAGGAAUUCCCACUCGGGAGAAAGUCAGCUUCCUCAGAUCUGCUCCAUUUGCAGCCAGAGCUUCCCCACCCCUUCCGAGCUGCUCGAGCACAGGAAGACCCACGGCGCCAGCCGGCGCUACAUCUGUCAGCAGUGUGGCGAGGGCUUCGACUCCCUGCUGGCACGCUCACAGCACCGGCAGACCCAUCUGGUCAAACAUCAGUUCAAAUGCCCACACUGCGACAAAACGUAUACCCGCCGGUCUGACGUGAAGAGGCACCAAGCCACGCACACGGGAGAGCGGCCAUACCAGUGCAACCAGUGCAACAAAUGUUUCUCCCUUCGCUUCAUGCUCAUGAAACACCUCCACGUUCACACAGGUGAGCGACCCUUCCAGUGCUCCUACUGCCCAAAGAGGUUCACCCUGGUGUCCAUCCUGGCCAGACACGAGAGGAUGCACACAGGGGAGAAGCCUUUCCUCUGCUCCCAGUGUGGCAAGGGCUUCCUCUCCCAGGGAGAACUUUCCAAGCAUCACAGGUCCCAUAUUGAUGACCGGCCCUAUUCUUGCCCUCAGUGUGACAAGCGCUUCAAGAGCAAGAAAACCCAGCAGGAACAUAUCCUUUCCCACAGUGGCGCCCGACCAUACCCGUGCACCUACUGCGGGAAGGGCUUCACCAAACCGUACGCGUUGACCAGACACAACCUCAUUCACACCGGAGAGAGGCCGUUCCCCUGUUUCCAUUGUGAGAAGACGUUCCUCACGCUUGGCGAAGCUCAGCUGCAUCAGCGCAUUCACACAGGGGAGAGGCCUUACCCCUGCACUGUGUGUGAGCUCAAAUUCAAGAGCUCCUCUGAGCUGGCACGGCACAAGCGCAGCCACUCAGGGAUGAAGCCAUUAAAGCCGCACUGUGAGCACUGUAUGAAAACCUUCACCUCCAAGGCCAAGCUGAAGAAACACAUGGAGACGCACGUGGAGGACAGAGAGGCAGCCCAAUCUUUGGAUUCCCAAAUGCCUGAGGAAAUAAAAUGA